AUGAAGUCAAAAGAAGAAAAGGCGUCAAGUUCUCGCCUAAGCAUAUCAAAUCCGAUCCCUGUACUUGCACGUUUCCGUUUCUCGGGCUCGGGGGGUAAGAGAAAGAAAAUCAAAGCGGAACAUAAAGUAGAUUCAGUUGUUAGCGUUGACGAAGAGAUCAAGCCCAGACGUCACAGGGUAAAACGCAUAGCGAAAAAGUCCUUGCAGAAUAUAGCUGAUUCUAAAACUAAAAUUCAAGCCAAAAUUUCUAAAGGGGUUAAAAAACUUAAGGAUUCCAAAACCAAACUACAGGACAAUUUGGCAAGUCAUGUUCGUGAAUCCUUGGAAAAGAUAAGGAAAAUCGACCAAUUCAAACCUGAACCGGUGUAUGACGAAUUCGUUCUGGAAGAGGAGAAUAGAAAAGUUAGGAUCUUAAAGAAUGCGGGAAGAGCUUCAUUCGAGAAAAUACGGGAGUCUCAGUUACAGUUUAAGAACAGAAUGCUCGAAGGUGGUGAAAUUAUGGAAGCUCAGGUAAAGAGAUCUAUUGAAAAGGUAAAGCGCACCAAAAACAAAAUAAAAGCAAAUGUUAAGCGAAGCUUAGAGAAAUUAGAAGAAAAAAGAAGAGAACAGAUGAGAAAGGCGAAGGUUAAGGCACCACCAAUUACACCGACAUCUGAAGAAACAGAUAUUGCAAUCAAGGUAAAAAAAGACUCUUUAGUUAAAUUUAAAGAAAAUAUGGCCAAAAAAAAAGUGGAGAACGACUGGAUUUGUCACAAAGAAUGUGAAAAAGGAACAUGUAUUCCGGAAGAGUGUUUUGAAAGAUUAAAACGAAAAAAAGCCCGCCUAAAUAAACUACGCGGCAGGCGACAUAUGGCAAGUAUGUCAGAAAUGCGUAAAAGGGGGAAAGUUGUUGGCACUUCAUCAAAGAACUCAAGUUUUAAAAUCCAAGCCAAAGGAUCUCAAGCAAAAUUAGGCGGAAAAACGAAAACCAUUGCCCAAGCCGAUGUACAAAAAGAUAUGAAAUUAACACCUACAGUUAGUAUAAAGAGAUUAAAGCAAAAAACAAAAGGUCAAAAAACUUCGAAGCCAUCGAAAGCAGACGUAAUAACAAAAACCAAUUUUAAAAGAACAAAGCGCUUAAAGUCGUUGUCGGAUCAAAGAUCGAGUUCUCGCCAAGCAGUAAGAAUCGGAUCUUCUUUUAGUUUCAACAUAGAGUUUUAUAAAAACAGACCUAUUCCAAAUGUCCCUAAGAAAGCACUAAAACAAAAAAAUGAUUUUAACCAGUCUUCAGGCAUUUCUAUAAGUAGAACCAGAAAAGUUAAAGCAAGGAGAGUAAAGGUAGGCAAUAGUGGUUCACAAGUGAUUAUACAACGAUCUAAAAAUGUCAUCACUCAGAAAGGUCACGCUUUAAAGCGAUGCUUUUGUACAUUAAAAUUGAAGAAAAAGCGCCGCAAACCAGCACAAACACAGAGGUCCGUUUCAACUAUGUCGUCAAUACGAAUGAAAGAUGAAAAAUAUAGACACAAAUUACUACCUUAUGAAUGUGAACCAGGCAUAUGCGUACCAGGAAAAUGCAAUCCAUAUGAAUGUUUAAAAUUACAAAACAGGAGACAGACACAUUCAAAGCAGUCCUACACAAGCUCACGUAAGACGAAGUCAACAUCAAGUGUUACGCCUAAAGUAAGAUCAUCAAAAGCAAAGCAAGUACAAUCUGCUAUAAUGCCGCGGCGAAAACAAGUAGCAGACAGAGAAAAAUUAAAGUUACGCCCGAGAAAAGUCAUUAACAAAGCCGACAGAAGUGGCAACGCCGUCCGCAUUGGCUCUGCUUUCAGUUUUAAUAUAGAAUUUUAUAAAAAUACUGGUUCAACAAAUCAACUAGGCUAUGAAAAUAAGGCAGACAUCAACAGUUUCUCGAUUAGACCCAGAGUGAAUUAUACUCAGGAACGACCGCAUAAAAGAAAUGUUAAAUUAAGAGAGAAACAAAAGAAACGUAAAAUUUCUACCACAGGAACAGAAACCGUCGAUUAUUCAGAUUACAUAAAAGUACGAGACACAUCUACUAAAACUGAAAAUAGAAUUAUGUCUUUAUUGCCUUAUGAAUGUGAGCCAUUUACUUGUAUUCCUGGGGAAUGCGAUCCAUACAUGUGCCUUGAAAGGAUUAAGAGAAGAAACAAAAAUACCAGAGAGGUCAGCUUGGGUACUAUUAGUCCAGAAAAUAAAUCAACUUCAAGUUAUACUCAAAGUCGAUCUAAAGCUGCUUUCGUUCAAUACAAGCCCAGUACACAAGAACGAAAAAUUUUGGUAAAAAGUAAACCUGUCAAGAAAGCUCGUCAAACACAAAAAUCAAAUGUCAUAUUAGGAAAUACAUCGAAGCAAGCCGUGAAUAUAGGGUCUUCAUUUAGCUUCAAUAUUGAAUUUUCUAAAAAUAUAUCGAAUCAAGCAAUCGAACAAGAUUUAAAAUCAUCUGUGCAACCUAUCAACAUAAGUACCAGACAUAGAGUUAAACAAAAGGGCAUUUUAAUAGAAAAAAGGAAAGUAGGUAAUGCGGAUACACAAAUAAGAAAAGUGAAACAAAGUGAUAAAUCUUCUAUUGUAGGUCCAAUGUUAAAGAGAUGUUUUUGCACUUUAAAUUUAUAUAAAAAGCAGAAACGCGACUAUGGAAAAAAGAAAAAGAUUAUUCCUCCUAGUUCGUAUACAGUUAAUACAGCUUUGAUACCGAACGUCCUGCCCCGUGAUAACAAGCCCAUGGACUUAGAAAAAAAUGAAGAGUUUCUUGAAAGCUUAAACAUUAAUCGCAGCGCUUUACGUUUAAUUCCAACAUAUUCAAAACUAUCAACAAAACAGUCCUUAGCAAUUAAUUCAGACUUAAGUUUGGAUGUAAAAUUGGUUAGAAAGUCGUUCAAGAUGAAACAAUGUAUUUCUAAGGAAAGUUCACAUAAAAGCAUAACGUUUAAUAACUCCUUCCUCAAAGAAGAAAAAGGAACACUAACAGGAAUAAGCCAAUACAUAAAACGGUGCUUUUGUGCAAUGAAUGUUCAGUACGAAACAAGAAAAUUAAAAGCAUAUGAAUGUGAACCAGGUAUUUGCAUACCUGGGCAAUGCAAUCCAUAUGAAUGUCAAAAAUUAAUUAUGAAACGAUUACAAAAAGGUUAUUCUAAGUUAUCUGGCACCGAUUCUAUUUCUAGAUCCAUUUCUAGUAGUCAGACUAGAAUCCGAAGAGCGAAUGAAUCUCAUAUGGCAGUAAUGUCCUCAUCACGACCAUCUUAUAACCGUAAACAAGCACACUAUAGAACUGUUGAUGGUCAAAAAACAAAAUCAAAAGUAGGCCAUAAACAAGCAGUGAGAGUUGGAUCAACCUUUAGUUUUGAUGUGGAAUUUUAUAAAAAUCGUCCAUGUUUGGAGACAAAACAACCAGUCUACUACAGUCCUUCUGAAGCAAAAUUACAGAAAAUUAAACCCCGACCUAGAAAAAUGAGGGGUAAGAAUAUAUAUACGCGGCACCCUACAAGUGAUAGUGAAUCACAAUAUUUUGGUCGACAAAUGAAACAUAGGGGUUCUCAAGGAUUACAUAAUUUAAAUCGUUGUUUUUGCACAUUGAAAUUACACAAAAAAGGAAGAUUUCAUGGUGUUGGCCAAGCCCAAACUGAUUUACCUAAAAAACUUAAUGGCGUAAGGACUGUGGAAAAAGGACAAAAUACUAAAGCACUUAGGAUGCUUCCAAACCUGCUUCCUUACGAAUGCGAACCGGGUAUUUGUGUUCCCGGUGAGUGUAAUCCAUAUGAAUGUUUAGCUAGAAUAAAUAAAAGAAAUCUGAAAGAAAUGGGCACAGGCACAAUAAGGACCAGUGCAAGUGCAUCUUCAAAUACUAUCGGGCCAUAUAGAAAGUACAAAUCGCGUGGAGUGAGAGUAAAACAAAGAGAUCGACCCAUUCGACACGCAGACAAAGUAAAAGUAGUUAAAACAUCACAUAGCAAUAAGAGACAAGCUGUUAGAAUUGGCUCAACGUUUAGUUUCAACAUUGACUUUUAUAAAGACAAAACGCAGUCUGACAAAGCAAAAUACAAGAAACAGGAAAAAGUUGAAAAAGUAAUUAUCAAACCGGAAAGAGUAAAAGUUCCAAAACAAAAAAAGAGCGAUUACUACUACAACACCGACAAGCUCGCAGAUGCGAAUGAUACAAACAUCCCGAUUACCGCACAAAAACAUUGGGACAACAGUGAAGCCAUUUCUGCAGCGCUGUUUCUGUACAUUGCAAUUACGCAAUCAACGAAAAAUUAA